CAAAAAUGACUUACGGGAAUUCCAAGUCUACAAAAAAAGAGUCUAGAAUAAAGAAAUAGAUUUAGCUUAGAUUCCAAAUCAACAGGACUUAAUAGGACUCUGAUGCAGUUAUUUCAUAUUUAUUAAGCAAAAGUGAGACAACAGACAAAUCAAUAGCAUCAAUUGAAAGGAGCAUUCACUCAGAAACAACAUAGACAUACAAUGGACCUCCAUAGAAUGAAAAUGCUGCAUGGCUUCAUAGCACUUACAUUUACUGUAGCUCUCUGUAGCUCUUCUAGUAUAACAUGCAAUGAGUAUGAUAAAAGAUUUAGUCGCCCCGGGGAGGAUAAUGAGUUCUACUGCAGAGACAUAUGCACAAAACAAUUCCAACACUAUGAAAAAGUCUGCUUAGCAGACCAAGGUGUAAUGGAUAACUGUGGUGCAUAUGUUGAGUGCAUGCAAGGCCUAGAAACUAUGAAAGAAAAACUAGAAACUAUGAAAGAAAAUAUGACAGAAAAAUUAGAAACUAUGAAAGAAAAACUAGAAACUACAAAAGAGAAUAUGAAAGAAAAACUAAAAGCCGCAUACAUCGGACUAUCAUUAGUCAUUGUUACUCUUUUAGUCAUCAUAGGUGCCAUUGUCUGGCAACUUCUUAAGCAAAGACAUCUUAAAAAUCCACAUGAGAGAAAUAAGUUACAUAAUGGUUUACAACCAGCACCUGAAGAUGCUGUAUCACUGACAAGCUCUGCCUAAUGAUGCCUCUGAAGAUUGCUGCUGAAAAUUAGCCCAAGAAGUUAUGUGAAUUAAAUGUUGAAUGUAUAUACUGUAGUAUAUUGAUAUAUAAUAAUCUAUGUAUUCACGGUUGAAAAUCUGUCCACUAGUAUUCAAGUUAUCUAUUGGACGGAUGGACUUCUUGUAAUAUAUAAAUACACUGCCCAACAUGUUUUGAUUAAGAGCAACAGAGAAGCAUACACUCUUUACAUAUAGAUAAAUUCAGACUGACAGAUGGAUGGAGGCCCUUACUAUAUCCCUACAGAACUUUGUUGGGAUAAUUAAAUCAACACCAAAAUUAGGCGCUAAAUCAUAUGCUAGACUUUUGUUUAAAUUUUUUUUAGCCAAAAUAUCAUCUUGAAGAAAAACAAAGGCUAUUAUUUUUAGCUCUAAAUCAGAUGAAACAUUUAAACUCAAACAUAAUUUGAGUAAAUGUGGAAAAUAUUUUAUUUUCGUGAUCAUUUCUCAAAUGGAAAUGUUGAUAUAGAAUGCACACUCAGGUCUCUGUAAAAGUGUAUGCUGCAUAAUACAAUAUCAGUACGAACAUUUGUUUUAUCUGAUUUCUCAAAAUAUAUGCAAAAUGUUAAACACAUCAUGUAGGGUAGAGUCAAUAUAUUGUAUAUUGUACAGUAAAACAUGCAUUAUUGAAUACAUCUCUCUCUUGAACACCUAUCAACAGUGAACAUUUUUAUACAGUAAUAGUGUUAUUUCAUCAAAGUCUAGUACUUAUUUGUAUACUGUAGAAGUAGUGAUAUAUAC